GUCCGCGGAGAGGCGGCCGCCGGCCUGGUCGCAGGGAGGUCGCAGGGGGUCCGCGCGCCGCUCUCCCCUGGCGUCGCUGUCGGUAACAGAGGCCCGGAUGUGUGCUGAUUUUGCCGUUGCUGCUGCCAUUGCGACUAGAUUGCUUCUCUCCAUCGAACCUUCUGAUUGCUUUUUGCAGGGUUGCAGUUUCUAGAGCCUCCCUUUACUCAAGAAAGUGUCAUCAAGAAAGCGGAGGGUAUGGAAGCUAGGCCUUUAACUGCCCAGUCUCAGACCCUGGUGACCUUCAAGGAUGUACUUGUGGACUUCACCAAGGAGGAGUGGAAGCUGCUGAGCGCUGCUCAGCGGGUCAUGUACAAAGACGUGAUGCUUGAGAACUACAGGAACCUGGUUUCCCUGGGGCAUUGGCUUCCCAAACCAGACAUGGUCCUCCAGCUGGAGAAAGGUGAAGAGCCAUGGCUGGUGGAGAAAGGAAUAAUUGGCCAAGAGAUCUGUCCAGAUUCAGAGACUGCAGUUGAAGUUAAAUCAUCAGUUUCCAGUAAGAGCACUUCGGAAGAUAAACAAUCCUAUGGCAUUAAAAUGGGAGGAAUGGCAAGGAAUGAUCUCUGGUAUUUGUCAUUAGAAGAAGUAUGGAAAGGUGAAGAUCAAUUGGAAAAGCUUCAGGAAAACCAAGAGAAACAUUUGAGACAAGUGGCAUUCACCCAAAAGAAAGUACUUACUCAGGACAGAAUCUGUGAAAAUGCCCUUGGGUCCUGCCAUCCCGGGCGGAGGGGACGAAACCGAUCUUUGGGAUGGCCGCCAGGGUCCGGACAGCUUCCAUCUGGGAUCCCCGGGUUCCCAUGCAGAGUCUGUGGUGGACUGGGUCCAAAGGGAACACGUGCUAAAGUGAGUUUGCUCUGGAGUCCACAGAUCCCACCUCUCCAGGAACAACAAAGCUCAUGUGACCUAAGGGUCAGAACCCUCCAAGGUCAGGGAUCCAUCCUGGGUCAGGGGAUCCCUGUCCGGAGACCUCCCCCUGGGGGACUCGGGCAGAGCCUGACGAGUGGCAGGACGGCGCAGGCCCUGGAGCGGCUGUUCAUUUCCCAGGAGCAGCCGAAAACCAAGCCCCAGGGAUCGUUGUCUUUCACGGACGUGUUUGUGGUUUUUACCUGGGAGGAGUGGCGGCUGCUGGACCCUGCUCAGAAGCACCUGUACAGGAGCGUGAUGUUGGAGAGCUACAGCAACCUGGUGUCUCUGGGGUACCAGCAUACCAAACCUGAUAUAAUCUUUGGAGAAGAGACAUGGAUGGUAAAGGCCCAGUUCCCAAGUCAGAGAUGGCCAAACUCUGUCUGGGAUACUAACGAUCAUAUGGAAUGGCACAAGGAAAAUCAAGACAAGAUGAGAAGUGUGGCAAAAAGCUAUGAAUGUACUGCAUUUGCAGAACUAUGUCUUCUCAGUACAAAUUACGUUUCUUCAAGACAAAAACUUCAUAAAUGUUGCACACAUAGAAAGAAUUUGAAAUGUAAUAUAGACUUAACUUGUAAUUAUUCUGGAAAGAAUCCUAAUGUGUUUUUUGUAUGUGAGGACUCAUUCCCCUCUCCUAAACAAGAGCAAACUCUUAUUGGAAUAAAAUACUGUAUAGGUAAUGAAUCUGAAAAAGCUGUCAACGAGAAGUCGCAACACAUAUGCCAGCAAAUUUGUAUGGGAGGAAAUCCCUUUGUGUGCAGUUACUGUGGGAAAGCUUUCAGCAACAAGUCAUGUCUCAUCAUGCAUCAGAGAACUCAUAUAGGAAAGAAACUUCAUGAAUGCAGUGAAUUUGGGAAUACUUGUUGUUUCAGUUCACAGCUUGUACAUCAGAGAAUUCCCAUAGGUGAGAAUCUUUAUGAAUGCCAGGAAUUUAGGAAAUUCUUCAGUAGGAAAGAUCAGCUUGUUUCAUACCAGAGAAUGUAUUCAGGGCAGAAACUCUAUGGGUGCAAUGAAUGUGGGAAAGCUUUUGGUUUUAAAUCACAGCUCAUUCUGCAUCAAAGAAUCCAUAUAGGAGAGAAACCAUGUAAAUGCAAUGAAUGUCAGAAAAGCUUUAACGCAAAGUCAAACCUUAUGGUACAUCAGAGGACCCAUACAGGGGAGAAACCCUAUGAUUGUAGUGAAUGUGGAAAAACGUAUUCCUUCAAGUCACAGCUCAUUGUACAUCAGGGAGUUCACACUGGAAUGAAGCCCUAUGAAUGCAUUCAGUGUGGGAAAGCCUUCAGUUUGAAGUCACAACUCAUUGUGCAUCAAAGAAGUCACUCCGGAUUGAAACCUUACGUAUGCAGUGAAUAUGGCAGAGCCUUCAGGAGAAAGUCAGACCUUAUUAUACAUUUGAGGACUCAUCCAGAGAAACUCCAUGAAUGCAAUGAAUGUGGGAAAGCUUUUCGUUUCAAUUCACAACUCAUUAUACAUCAGAGGAUUCACAUUGGAGAGAACCCUUAUGGAUGCCAUGAAUAUGGGAAAGCUUUUAGUAGGAAAUAUCAGCUCAUUUCACACCAGAGCAUUCAUGCAGGGAAGAAGUCCUAUGACUGCAGUGACUGUGGAAAAGCUUUUGGUUUAAAAUCACAGCUCAUCAUAUAUUGGAGAACUCAUACAGGAGAGAAACCCUUUGAAUGCAGUGAAUGUAGGAAAGCCUUUAAUAGAAAGUCAAACCUUAUUGUACAUGAGAGAACUCAUACAGGAGAGAAACCUUAUGGUUGUAGUGAAUGUGGGAAAGCCUUUAGUUUCAAGUCACAGCUCAUUGUACAUCAGGGAGUUCACACUGGAGUAAAGCCCUAUGGAUGCAAUCAAUGUGGCAAAGCCUUCAGUUUAAAGUCACAACGCAUUGUACAUCAGAGAAGUCACACAGGAGAACCCUAUGGAUGCAGUGAAUGUGGGAAAGCCUUUACAAGCAAGUCAUACUCUAUUCAUAUGAGAACUCACACAGGAGAGAAACCGCAUGAAUGCAAUGAAUGUGGGAAAGCCUUUAGGAGCAAGUCAUAUCUUGCUAUUCAUAUGCGAACUCACACAGGAGAGAAUCCCUAUGAAUGUGGUGGAUGUGGGAAAGCCUUUAAUAGGAAAGACCAGUUCAUUUCACAUCAAAGAACUCAUGCAGGGGAAAAGGCUUAUGUGUGCGGUGAAUGUGGUAAAGCCUAUAGCAGUAAGUCUUACCUCAUCCACAUAAGAACUCAUUCAGGAGAGAAACCAUAUGAAUGUAGUGAAUGUGGAAAAGCUUUCAUUUGGAAGUCACUCCUUCUUGUACAUGAGCGAACUCAUGCAGGGAACAACCCUUAUAAAUACAGUCAAUGUGAGAAAUCUUUCAGUGGGAAAUUACAACUCAUUGUUCAUCAGAGAAUGCAACGAGAGAAACCGUAUGAGUGCAGUGAAUGUGAAAAAGCCUUCAUUAGGAAAUCUCAUCUCAUUGUACAUCUGAGAACUCAUUCAGGAGAGAAAUCUUAUGGAUGCAAUGAAUGUGGAAAAACCUCUCAAAAAUCAAUUCUCAGUGCACAUCAAAGAACUCAUACCAGAGGGAAACCUUGUAAAUGCGCUGAAUGUGGGAAAGCCUUUUGUUGGAAGUCACAGCUCAUUAUGCAUCAGAGAACACACCAGCGAGAAACAUAUUGAUGAAUUAAAUGUGAGAAACUUCUUUCCAAAAAUCAAUUCACAGUAUGUACCAGCAAAUAAAUAUAGAAGAGAAACUCUAUAAGUGGAUUUAUCUCUUUGCACACCAGAAGACAUUACACGGAAAUCUAUGAGUGCAGGAAUUGUACAAGGACCAUCCACAGAAAGCUGCUAUUUAUACAAUUAAAAAAAAAAACCAUAAAGGUAGAAACUAUGAAUAGAGUGAAUAUUGGAAAGAAUUUUUUUUAGCUUAUAGCUCAUUUAACAUCAGAACCCUAUGAAUUCAUUGAAUAUGGGUAAAUUUUCAGCAAGUUAUACUUUUUUUAAAAAUAAGUUAUGCUUCCAAAUGAAUGAAAUGAAUGUUGAAAAGUCACAAUUCAUUAAUAUAUAAUAAAAUCCACAAGGACAAACCAUGAAGCAAAUGAAUUUAGAAUCAACUCCUUUGAAAUUUGGAGUUCUUUUUUAAAAAUGAUUUUAAUGAGCAACAAGAGAAGCAGUGAAUUACAGAACUAUCAAGAUUUGAGACUUUUUUUGGUAUCAGAGAUUCAUAUCUUGGAAAAUCCAUGCAACUAGGAAAAUCUUUCAUCUAGAAAUGACAAGUCUCUAGCAAAAAAAGGUAAAAUAGGAAUAAAGAUCUAUGAAUGUAUCAAACGAGGUGAAGGCUUCUGCAGGAAGAGUCAUCUAACCGUGUCUUAGAGGAUUCAUCCUUAAAUUGCCUAUUUUAAUUUUGACAAUUUUCUAUAGAAACCAUUUCAAAGGGAAUCUUGUUCCAGAUGUUCCAAACUUUUAGGAAAAGAUUGAAGAAAAUAAUAGCUAAUGGUAGACAUGUUCAUAAUAGAAUACAAAGGUUUUUUAAGUGUGUAAAUAAUCAUAAGGAUGACAAUAAAGACUACAUCCUAGAACCUAUAGAGAUAUUUAGGUGUUAUAUUCCUGUAUGUCCUACGUAAUAGGAAUUUUGUGUGACUGGGCUUUUUAUUUGUGAUUGCCACAUGUAAAAUGUAAAUUAGAUAGUAGAUACACUACUAUGUCCCAGAGAUUUCUACUGUGAACACCAGUAUUAUGUCUUUGUUUCUUAACAAAUACAGCUUGUUAUUAGAAUAAUACGACUUAUUAAAAUGCAUCUGAAUUUUGUAAA